GACCUACAAGGGCCUACACAUUACUCUUCUAUUUUCGUCACGUGACCAGGAAGCGCCAUCUUGGUGUGCACAGCCGUGGUCAGGGUGGGUUCCUUCUUCUGCUAGGCAAGCUUUCGGUGUCACUUCCGAGUUUCAGGACGCGUAGCUGCCGACGCUGUGACGCUCGAACGCCCGGAGGCCUUUUGUUGAUUCUGAAUGAUCUAGAACUGUAACAGUAAGCUUACUAAACCAUCAUGUUCCGCAAAAGGAGCAAAAGUGACGUGCAGACGGAAUAUACUUGCAGCAUCCGAUUUCUUGAUGACACUGAAUCGAUCCAGCUGACUUUCAAGAAAGACACGUUGGGACAAUGGCUGUUUGACAGAGUCUGUGAAAAGCUGAAUCUGGUGGAGAAAGAUUAUUUUGGUCUGCGAUAUGUGGACUCAGAGAACCAGCGGCAUUGGCUAGACCCCCUGAAGACGGUGUACAAGCAGUUGAAAGGUCUUAGCAAGAUGGUUCUCUGCUUUCGGGUCAAGUUCUACCCUGAAGAUCCCAUGAAGUUGCAUGAAGAGAUCACAAGGUACUACCUCUUUUUGCAACUUCGUCGAGAUCUUCACCACGGUCGACUGUUGUGUCCACAUGAUGAAUCCAUACAACUGGCUGCCUACAUCAUACAGUCGGAAGUCGGAGACUACGAUCCCCAAGAUCAUGGGCCGGGCUAUGUGUCGGAGUUCAAGAUGCUUCCCAAGCAGACUCCGAAGCAUGAGGAAAAGAUCAUGGAAGCUCACAGGGCGUUGAUCGGGCAAGUACCAUCUGAUUGUGAGGCCAGUUUUCUCCGCAAAGCAGCCAGUAUGGAUACCUACGGCGUUGAUCCCCAUCAGGUCAAAGACCAGAAGGGAGACCAGCUGUACCUGGGGGUGACACAUUUGGGAAUCAUGACAUUUCGAGGAAACCGACGCACCCAGUUGUUCAAAUGGGCACAGAUCAGAAGAAUUGCGUAUGAAGGGAAAAUGUUCAUUGUGCACCACACCAAUUCAGAGGAUGAAGACGCAUCUAAUUCAAAGAAGGACAUAAGCAUUACUGCGAAACAUCAAGCAGUGGGCUUCAAGUGCGCAACUGCCCCAGGGGCCAAAUACCUGUGGCGCUGUGCUGUGGAGCAGCAACUUUUCUUCACAUUGUCCUCCUCUGCCACAGUUCCCAAAAUUCGGUCUGGGGGAUCGAUUUUCUCCAGAGGAUCCAAAUUUCGAUUCAGUGGAAGAUGCCAGAAUGAGGCAUACGAGGCCAGUGAGAACAUUGGGAGAACAGAGCCACCUUUUGCCAGAACAUCGUCUUUGCCAAACUUUGGAAAGAGAAGUCACCCUAAUGACAAUAAGAACAACACUAUGCGGGAUUCCUUGGCGUCGGAAAGCUUCAAAGAUGAUCGCAGAAAGUUUAAUGUGUAUCUUGCAUCGGGCAAAAAUAAGGAAGAGGCAGCUGUUGAUGUCCCUCACAUCAUGGUCAACAAUGACUCGACGGUGGUCAAGGACGGACCUCAGGUCUCUGCGCCGCUGGCUCAGGCAGAGCCGUUUGAGGAGAAGGUGCAACAGGUGACGGUGAGCAGCGUGAGCCGGGCCGCGCCCCCACAGGAGCCCAAGGAGAACGGACAGAUCGUCAAGGACAGGGCUGGGGUCCUGGAGACCAGUAUCGACGAGACGCUGCCCUACGAGCCAAACCGAACCUUUGAGGACUCGGACGAGGAGGAGAACGAUGCCAGCAAGCCAGACCUGGACGACCAGAUCAAGAAGUUGGAGGAGGAGAUGGUCCAGCCCAGCAUGCAGAAGGACUUGAACCUGCCGUCCCCCGCAGCCGCGGCGACGGCUCCCAGCAAGACGUCCGGUGGCAAAUCGUCGUCGGGCGUGUGCGGGAAGGCCGUGCUGCUGUCCCUGGUGCUAGUGCUGCUGCUGUCAAUGCUCAUGUUCUACCUUGUGUUCUUCAGCCCCAUCAAGCAUCCCCUGCUCUCCAAUCUCAGGCAGCAUCUGCAGUUUUUGGAGCCCGUUCGAGAUUUUGUGGGGCAGAAGGCGUCUCUUGUUGGUAGCUACUUCAAGAAGUAAGCGUCUUCUAGCCUGUCAGCUGUGUGUGUGUGUGUGUGUGUGUGCGUGUGUGUGUGGAUGGUUUUUGAAGUGGGGGGGGGGUAGGGAAGGGUUGGGUGGGGAAGAAUGUUUUUUUGUUGGUGUUCUUUUUUCUAGUUUUUUGUUUGUUUUUGUUCUUGUUUUAUUUUUUGUUUUUAUUCAAUGGAUUCUGUACAUCCUGCAACCUCAAUGCCAAGCGAAAGAAUAUGAAUGGUUUUACUGCAUAUCUCUGUCCACACAUGUCAUCUUCGUUGUGAUCACUCAUGUAGUUUUUACAUUAUAUUUUCUAUUGUGAAAUCAGUUCAUGGAUGCUGUGUGGAGUACGUCACAAGUUAACACCUGUCCGAUGUGAUGCGUCCUGUCUGGUCACUCGUGUUUUAGCGGGACCUAGGCCUGCCACUGGCAGUCAUUUAUGUGCGUGUAUACAGCUCUGAGGAAGCUCAUCAGAAGAAAAACAUUUUCUAAAUCGAUUUUUUUUUUCAUAUCUCAAAAGAUUUGUUUUAUUGAAUUAAGAUGCAACUGGAAUAUUUUUUUAAAAUGUAUAGCUCUUUAAAGGGUGUGGGGGUCAAAAGGAUAUGUUUUGAGAAAGACAGUACAGUAAAUACAAUUUUUAAUGUUGAGAUUAUAUAGAGAGCGAAGUAAGAGAUGUGCUGGUCUUCUAUAUCCUUCUCCUGCUACAAUAUUCUUUUGUUUUCCAAGAAAGACAGUAAAAACGAAGGUCAGUUGGGAUUUGCAUGAAAAUUAGUUCUCUUCAAGAGUGAACUGUUUCAGAUUUGUGCGAAUUAGGAAUGUAUAAGUCUGCAAAACAUUUUCUCCUAAAAAGAUUUUGUAUAGAAUUAUUGAGCAAAGUCCUUUGUAAGAAAGAUGUAGAAAUUGUUUACCUUGCAAUACGGCACUUUAUAAAUCUUCAUAAAUGAAGUCCUAGGUUUAUAUUUGUCAUUGUCAAGACAUAGCCACCUUCAGCUUCCGAUGGGUUUUCUCUCACAAGAGUGCACUCCGCACUUAGGUGUGAAUUCAGAAACCACUACGUUCACUGGCCAGAUCUUCUGGCGGAAAAAUGAAGAACAUGCACAGUCGGGUGGUUUUGGGCGGGCAGUGUUGUGCAACACCUUUGAUGCUACAUGCUGGACAUGUGUUAACAUUACUGUAUCAUUUUUUUCUAACAGGUAAUUCAUAUUCCAGCCGAAACAAAAAUAUUAUGUUCUUACGAGAUUGUUCAUGGUAAUAGCUUCUGUUCGUUUUUCUACUUUUCAUCGCUUAAAGGUGUACAUUCUAUGGGUGUCUGUAAUUUGGUGAUCCUGGUUCCCCAUUGGUAGAAAAAAGUUAUGGUGCUGUAGAGUCUACAUCUUUUUUCUCUCCUUUAGUAUCGAAUAGUGCAUGUAAAUCGUUUGAGACUUGUAACAUUCCCAGCCUCAGCUAAGAAGAAUUGAGAAAUAUUUCCCCUUUUUUAAAUUUUAUUAAAGGCACAGUUGUUUUUUUAACCUGCAUAAUACAACUUGUGUGUUCUGCCAGGGUGUGUGUUUGUGUACAAUGGUAGUAUCUUUUUAAAAAAUUGGUAACCUGUAGAUUCAAAUUAAAGUUGUUGAUGAAAACAUAAGUCUUCUUGAAUGGCAUUAACGAAAGCUGUUGAAGUUUGUGGGGGUUUUUUGCCUUGACCCUCCAUACUGUUGCAACUAGAAAUUCGCAUUUGUUGUGUCUUUGUUGAAAAUGGGGAACCAGUGAUUAGACUUUUGGAGAUUUUAAUGAAUCACUGAGACACGAUAAGCCUCUGAAAUGAACAAUUUCUGCUCCAACUUUCUUUAGUAUUUAUUACUUUUACAGACUUGUAAGAGAUUUUGUUCUGAAAUUUUUUUUCUUUUGUCAUGUAAAACAAACUGGUGCUGUAGUCAUACUUAAACCAAUAGUGAAUUCAACUGCACCCCUUAGACCAAAUGUCCUGAGUGGUUCCGACAAACUUUCACCUUGUUGUUUUGUUGACUUUUCCCCCUCCCUAUGUUUGGAAUGCUGGUUUUGUUUUUACGGAGGGAAAAUACACAUGAAAUACCACAUUGUAUGGAUCCGCUCUGGAAAAUCUGGAUGGCAUUGACGACCAGUACCAUGUAUACAUAGAAUAAUUUGUCAGUAUUGUUCCACAAGUGCUCCAGUCAGUUUGGGUAGUUUUGCCACAUAUUUAAAGAAAAAAACGAUCAGCGAAAUCAGAGCUGUGAUUAAGAACUAGGAAGGAAAUAGCAAGACAAACUGAAACAAUAUAUCGUAAGAUGCUCCUGGACUUCUUUAUUUGUAUACCUUUUUUUAUAGAAAGUCCCAGAAACUGAUCCGGCAGAUUGUGGAGUGACCCUGACGACAUGAUGCUACAUAUAUAUAUAUACACAAUAUUACACCAAUACGGACAUUUCUAGAAUAUGGCCGUUGCGCGGCAUCCUGUUUUUGUUGAGCAUGGGUUUUUAACGUCUCUUUCAUGAAGACGUCCCUUGUGACCAUCCACCACAACGCUUGGCAUGAUUUGUGAAUCGGAGCUCUCGAACCGCUCUGCCACUGUAAUGUGUGAUUAGUGUUGUGAUGGGCGUUGGGUAGCAAGCUGAUGUUUUCUCAUUUCUGAGUUCAUAUGCCAUAAAAGUGAAAGGAUUUGCUAUUGCCUCAUCUCAUAUUAAAUAGUUAACUCAUUAUUCUACUGAACAAAACAAUAACUGUAUAGAUCCAUAUAGUGAAAUAAGUCAGUUUCUAAAGCAAUAUCAUUUUGGUGUAGCUCUAGAAACAAAGCCGUCAAGUUACUCGGAGCUUAUUUUUUGUCAAAUUUGAUAUUCGUGUCACAGCUUCCUAAUUCCCCCCUCCUUUUUUGUUUGUUUUGUCAUCAUUGAAGUAUGAACAAUGCAGAUCAGUUUACUGGAUAUAGAAAUGGGAAGGAACAACUGUUUUAUUUCUUGUAUGUUUUGUUACUAUUAUAAUAAAGAUCAAUUAUGUUUCCUUUGUCCAGAAAACUGAUGGAGAAAAUCACAUUUACUGAGAUCUUUUCAACUUGCUUUUGGUUGUUUUUGUAUGUUUUUAUUUUGUACUAGAAUAAACAUUUGUAGUCUCUUUUUGAAGACAAAGAUACUCUAAGAAUCUCAUUUAUUGUAACGAACUGUAUGAUUUUGAUACGGAGUUGUGGCAUGACACUUUGUCAGUUUGUCUGCAUUUCUGAGUUUACCUUUUCUCUUUUAUGGAUUGUGCCAUCUUUAUACACUUUCGUGAUGAGCACAAUCUACCCAAAUUUCGUCUUUUCGGGGAAAGUUACAUUUCAUGCGGCAGCAUCCUUUUACAUGUAUGGCAGGUGUCUGAUCUGAUCCAACGUUUGGGCUUUAACUAAUCUUGUUGGACAACGAAACCAAGGUCUAUUUGGGAAGUUGUGUGAUUGCACAUUGAACGAUUUGGAAAGAUGAUAUUGUUUGCACUGAAAUUACAGACAGAGAGAUGUGGACUUUUGGUCAUUGUCCCAUAAAGAUGUCCUUUUCUCGUAGUUCACUAUCUGAAAAAAAUUAAGAAAGCUUGUCAGCGAAUCUUUGGGUUCAGGUUUGUCAUCUGCCAUGUGAGUAGCGUUAUGCCUCAAAGUUUUUGUUUUUCUCUAGUUUCUUUCUGUAAGGGAACAAAGAACUUAAUCUUUCUUCCACCUGGACCUCUGGUUUCAUUUUAAAGUUUUAUUUAUAACCCAAAAGAUGUUGAAUUUGAAACAGCUCUCUGUCUCUCAUGUGGUGUUUGAAACAGAAUAUUUCAUUUUAUAUGUAUCAAGUUGUUGUGAGAGAAGCACUUUCACCUGUUUUGUGACGAGACAAGAAAUGCAUAAACUGAUCUCAUGUCUGUAAAAAACGAAAGAGGGGAAAAAGUAAAAAAAAAAACUCACAAAAACACAAAUAUUUAUUAUUUUUAAUUUUGAUUUUAUAGAUAGCCUUCUCUGCAGACUAUGUCUUCAAUGUAAACGUUAUAUUUACACUUACCUUUUCAGCUUAUUUUUAGCAUAAAGCUGUUGUCUUUGUAUGAUACUACUGGCUUCACUUUCCUCUCCAAGAACAAUGUUCCUUGCUUGUAGUCUGCUGCAUGUCUCUUGUGGUCUCAUUGACAUGCACAUAGCGACAAAAUUUCUAUAUUGUCCUUGUUGCUCUCAGCCUAUUGUGUAAAAGGAGGUGGGGAGAAAAGAGGGGCGAGGGGGGGAGGGGGAGGGAGCGUGUUGGAAAGAAGGGAGUGUUAAUGAACCCGAAUGACGGCAGACAUCAAUUUUGUCAAAGUUUACGGCUUUUCGGUUUGCUGUUGCAGCAUUUGUCUUUUGAUAUCUUCACCAUGAGAGGAAAUACUCUUUUCUCUUUUGUUCAGAAUCUUUCAGAAAUAUUUUAUAGUACAUAAAGUGUUUAGGAAAAUAUAUAUACUCUGAAGGUGAAAAAAAAAAUGGAACCACUUUUUUUGUAGGUCUUGAAAUGCUGAAAUAAAGUACUAUUUGCUUCAACUGAAAGCUGUCGGUCUUGGAAUUGUAGUGUAGCAUGGUUCAGAGUAGGAGUGGGUUCUUCUCAACAAGCGAUGAGGUUGAGGGCAAUGUUACAUUAAGCAUUCCAGUCAAAAUUCCAAUGCCAUAAUUCAGACUUCAGCAUGGUGACAUUUCCUCACAGAAUUGUUUAUCAUGAUUGAAUUCCCUUUGUUUAAUUUCCCGGGAGGGAGGGAGAGACCGGUGUCUGGGGUGUAUUGGUUAGGCUCUUUGCUGUUGCAAGCUGAAGGUGCCAGUUCAGUUGUGGAGUGGGGACUCCCUGCUGGGGCAGCAUGUCCCACUGGGCCAGGGUUGGCAUUUAAAGGCAGCCCUGAAACAGUUUGCCUCGAAAUGAGGGGAAUUGUAUUGAAGGGGGUGUAAAGCAUUUACAGUGAAGGAGGCAGGGAGGGAGGGAGGGGUCCACUGAAACCAGCAGCUUGCAGCAAAACUAGAAGUGGGAGUGGAGUGUAAAGAUGUGCCAGUGUGUUCUGUAGAAUACUCUACUGCACGGGUGUCAGGCUCAUCGGCUGAGAGGGGGGAGGGAGGGAGGGAGGUGGGGGGGGGGGGGCAGACUCGGACUGCACCAGGAUACAGGCCAAACUGGGUCAACACUCUUUGACAGUGGAAAACAUAACAUUUUUCUAAAACAAUGAUAGGAAUCAAAAUGUACAAAAGUUAAAAUAUUUGGUUACAAAUAGAAGUAUACCAAUUUUCGAUCUCUUGCCAGUUUGUCAGAGCUGGAUAUUUGGCAUCUCUUCUAAUCUUGGCAACGUGUUCGUGUACCUUUGGAGUACAAUUCUGUGUUUUUGUUUAUGCAGAUUCUCAGAAUGAGCCUCCCAGAAAUUGUCCCGCGGGCCGAUAAUAAUUAUACUCUGUGGGUCGGACGCAGCCCGUAAGCCUUGAGUUUGACACCCGUGUUCUGCAUGAUUAUGUCUCUCUUGUACAUGUACAUAGAUGUAGCUGUGUAUUGUCUGUACUCAGUGUGUGGUCACUGUUUCUCAUCCCUCAGGCCUUUGGAGUGUUUCACGUCGUCUUUCUUUCGCGGGGAUGAGAUUUUACAUGUGAUCUAUCAGACAGAGGAAGUUUGCAAUAAAGAUUCUGUCAUUUCUCUGCAUGUAAAUAUUUUUGACGAUUUAUUCAAAUUUUGACUCUUAUGAGCAGUUAUUUUGAUUUUAUUCUCUCCCCCCUAAAAAUUGGUAUGCGAAGAGGAAUUUUUUGUGUGUGGAUUUAAAGAAGACAAAAAAAAAAAAUGAAUUGAAAUUACAGCUUCCUUGACUCUUUUAUGAAUUUACAUGAUUGAAUCUUUCAUUUCAUUAUACAACAGAUAGUUUGCUUUAGCAUUCGUGUAGUUUUCAUUUUCUGUCAAUGCAAAUUUUACCCUUGAUGAUUGUAGGCAUAGAUUGCGAGAUGUUCAUGCAGGUUGUUCUAUUCAGGCCACAACUGUAGGCAAAUUCAACUGAUGUCAGUAUCAAUAAAGAGAAAGCUUGAAAGUCCAGGAA